AUGACUGGAUCAAGCCAAAACCCAGAAACUCCCGGUCUUGAAGUCGACACACGAAAAGCACAAUCAUUAAUAUCCCAACAAAACUCACCACUUCCCACAACCCCCAACAUCCCACCACAAAACCCAUCACUCUCACCCCUCCCUCCAGCCUACCGUCCCCCCCAAGACCCAUUCUCCCACACCUACCCACCUCGAAACCCAUCUGGCAACCCACCACCAGAUCCAUUCUCCUACACCCGACCGACGUACCCUACCUAUUCUUCGUACCACAAACCGGAAUGGGAAGAUCGCGAUUAUGGGACGCGGAAGGAACAGAAUGGGAAUUGUACGAAUAUUGUGAUUGGAGUGGUGAUUGUGCAUGUUAUUGUGGGUGUGGUUGUGCUGGUUGUUAGGCUUACUAGGAAUAAUUAA